AUGUCGACUACAACACCUUUUCAAAUCCCUCCACCGUCCGUGGCCGCCAAAGCGCAAACAUCAAGGAAACGCUCAAGGUCCCGAUCCGACAGUCCAGCGCCCACCGAAAGACCUGCAAAACGACCAACACCAGGCGCUGAGCCCCGUCCAAAGCAGCCCGUCAAGUUCCUCAUAAUGUCCGACACACACGACGACGACGACGACGACGACGAGGACACCGACUCCUCUUUCCAGCCUCUCACCACCACCCCAGUCGACGUCGUCCUCCACUGCGGCGACCUCACCGAAACCGGCACCCUCCCCAGCCUCACCAAAGCCAUCCGAAAACUGUCCUCCAUCCCCGCGACCCUCCGCCUCAUCAUCGCCGGCAACCACGACAUCACCCUCGACGAGGCCUACUACACCACCGCCUGCGGCGGCUCCCCCGCCACGCACGCCGCCGCCCUCAAGCUGGUCAGAGAGACCGCCGCCCACCACGGCGUGACCUACCUCGACGAAGGCACGCACACGUUCACGCUGCCGCCCCGCUACGACGACGACGACGACAACAACAACAACGGAGCUCCCACCACCCCCCGCACCUUCACAAUCUACGCCUCCCCCUGGACGCCGCAAUCCGGCGCCUCCGCCUUCCAGUACCCGUCCGCGCACGACCGCUUCAACCCGCCGGGCGCGAGGAGUACCACGCCCGCGCACGCGACCAACGUCUCCACGCCGACCUCCGCCAUCCCCAGUGCCGGCGUCGACGUCGUCAUGACGCACGGCCCGCCCAAGUACGUGCUCGACGCCACGGCGGACGGGGCGAGUGCCGGAUGCGAGCACCUGCGGCGGGCGGUGUGUCGGGCGCGGCCGCGGCUGUGCUGUUUCGGGCAUGUGCAUGGGGGGUAUGGGGCGCAGAGGGCGUAUUUCGAGGGGGAAGAGGAGGAGGAGGGUUUCAAGGAUGAUGAUGAUGAUGAUUACGAUGAUGAUGGGAUGGUUUGUUUGCCCGAGGAGUUUGUGGGGAGGAAUCGGGCGCGGAGGAAGGGGUAUGCGGAGAUCAGUCCGGGGAGUAGGGAGGAGAUGAGGAAGGAGGGGCAGACGCUGAUGGUUAAUGCGGCGGUGAGGGAUGGGGAGGGGAGGGCGCGGAAUGCGCCGUGGUUGGUGGAGGUGGAGUUGUGA